AUGUACCCACCGACUCAUAUCAUCGAUCCAGAUGGUGAGGUGAUCAUAGUAUUGCGCAAUGCAGGAAGUCCUUUCGCACGCCCGCCUGAAAAGAAAUCUACUCAAAAGCCCGCUGUCGAAGUCGAAGAAUCCACUGCUGAUUCUCUGGCCCGGAGCUACAUACGGAUUCAAGCAUCCGCAAAGCAUUUGAUCUUUGCCUCCCCCGUCUUCAAGAAAUUAUUGACAGGGGGGUGGAAAGAAAGCGUCGACUACUUGAAAAUGGGCUCCGUUGAAAUCACUGCGGAUGAUUGGGAUACUGAAGCCUUCUUGAUUGUACUGCGUGCUGUUCAUGGUCAAUAUCAUGAUGUUCCUCGGAUGCUGAGUCUCGAAAUGCUCGCCAAGGUUGCUGUGAUCUUGGAUUACUAUCAAUGCAAAAAGGCUCUAGAUCUCAUAAACGAGAUUUGGAUCAAGGACUUGGAGGACAAAGAGAAGAUUACCCCAGAGAUUUCUCGGGAUCUGAUCUUAUGGCUAUGGAUAGCUUGGUUCUUUGAACGUCCUGCAAAAUUCAAUGAGUCAACCUUGAUUGCGAUAUCGAAGAGUGGAGUAUUGCUUGAUAACUUGGGACUUCCAAUUCCCACAAGUGUUAUUGAUUCGAUAAACAAUCGUAGGAAUUAUCUCAUCCAGAAUUUGAUUGACAUCGUUUAUGCAACACGGGACGCUUUCCUACAUCGCAGCAAGGGAUGUGGUUUAGUGUGUCGCUCAAUCAUGUAUGGGAAUCUAGCCCUGCAGAUGCAGUCAACCAGUCUGCCUUUGUCAAAGCCUAGGGCUCCCUUCCGGACUGUGAACUACAGCGAUCUUGUGAAAAAGGUACUGGCUUUCAAAUCACCACAGUGGUAUCAUACCUGCAACGAUCUCUUACCUCAUCGUUGCAAGGACGCAUCAUUUGCACCAUCAUUUGCGGGCAUCAAAGAUCUUUCCAAGGGCUUGAAUCUGCAAGAUUUUAUCAGCUAA